ACUGAAAAUCAUUUGUCAAAAUUCUAUUCAGUUUUUCGAAAAUUGCUAGCCAAAAAAUUACAGAUAUCUGAAAAUUAGACCCAGAACAGACCCAGGAGGAGGAGGAAAGGAGUCGCAGUGAGACCAUGAGUAUGAGAAGGAUGGGCCUCCUGCACGGCCUCCUGCGGGACAAGCCGUGUCCCUUGACCAUGGCCCAGAGCCAGCAGCAGAACUACUGCAAGAAUUCCGGGGAGGAUAUUUGCAAGCUAAAAAAGCAGCUGGAGGAGGCCACCCAGAGGCGCAAGGAGGCCGAGGCGGCGGCGGAGGCCGAAAGGGAGGCGGCAAUGAUCAAGAAUCGGGUGGACAAGUGCAUCGUCGAGAAGACGAGGGCGUUCAAGGAGUGCGUCGAGGGCUCCGCGGACAAGCAGCAGCAGGACAUCCUGCGGAUAAUGAUGGGCUGCCUGAAGACGGGCAUCCGCCAGAUCUGCGCCAACAGCGUCAUUAGCGCGUUCUGCCGGGCAAAGGCGGAGGCAGGCGCGAAUAAGAUCCGGCAAAUGUUGAAGCAAUGCGGCGAAAAGUUCCCGAAGGGUGCCGGCUCAAACAGAGAGCCCACUGCGGUGGAUCUCAUCCAGAAGAAGUGCCGGGGAAUGGCCGAAAACAAGAAGCUACAGGCUCCGGGAGGGAAUCAGGCAGAGCGCUCCCGAUACGCCAAGAAGGUGGAUCAGUGCGUGGCCAGUGAGUGGAAGGAUCUGUGCUCUUCGCGCAGCAGUCUCAGCGAGAAGGAGCAGGUGGAGCUGGACAGCAUGCAGCAAUGCGUCUGCGACCAAAUCAAGGAGAAGUGCCGCAAGCAGGUCCUCCGGGAGAUGUGCGUUGAUGGCGGCCAGCAGCCCAGAAAGAAGGCCAACUCUCAAGUUCUUUCCGUCAAGGCAAGGCCUAAAGAAGUCGCCGAGGAAGUGCCCGAGGAAAAGCCUUCUCCCCCGCCAAAGGAAUCCCUGAAUCCUGAGGUGGAAAAGUGCGUGGAGGCGAAACUGCAGAGUGUUGAGGGCUUCGUAAGGUCCUUGAGCGAUGAUGAAGGCACGGCUCGCGAGAAUAUAUCCGAAUGUGCCAGGAUCAAGCUGAGGGAACAGUGCGAGGCAGAGAUUCAGCAAAGAAAACUCGAAGAAGAGAUUCAGCGAAAGAAAUGCCUGGAAAAGAAGGCCCGAAGGGAGGCAGAGAUGCAGCAAAGAAAACUCUCAGAAGAGAAAGCCAGAAACGAAGCAGAGGCUCGGCGAGCAAAAUGCCUGGAGAACAGAGCCCGAAAGGAGGCAGAGAUGCAGCAAAGAAAACUCUCAGAAGAGAAAGCCCGAAAGGAAGCAGAGGCUCGGCGAGCAAAAUGCCUGAAGAACAGAGCCCGAAAGGAGGCAGAGAUGCAGCAAAGAAAACUCUCAGAAGAGAAAGCCAGAAAGGAAGGAGAGGCUCGGCGAGAAAAAUGCCUGGAGAACAGAACCCGAGAGGCCAAGGCAAAGGACGACAAAUGUCAGCCAGGAGGGCCAGGAGGCGGAACCGAAGCUGUUGUCAAUCAGGAACUGCUGAAGCACUUCCGGGAAUGUUUGUUCAAAACGCUCGGCGGACCGCACGACACCCAGCCGGGCCGAAAGGUGACCAUUGCGGGCGCCGGCGCCGUGGGCAUGGCCUGUGCCAUGGCCCUCCUCUGCAAGGGGGUCACCAACCACGUGGCGCUCUUCGAUGAUCAGAAGGAUUGGGUGGCGGCCGAGCGGCUGGACAUGCUGCACGGCUCGAUGUUCAUCAACAAUCCGCGGAUCGAGCAGUGCAACGGCGUGGCGGCCACGAAGGACUCGCGGCUGGUGGUGCUGACGGCUGGGAACCGGCCGAAGCCGAACGAGACCCGCCUGGAUGUGGCCCAGAAGACGGCGGACAUUGUCAAGGCGGUGAUGCCGGCCCUGCUGGAGCAGAGUCCCAGGGCCACCUUCAUAGUGGUGUCCAAUCACGCGGACGUGAUGGCCUGGGUGGCCCGCAAGGUGACCAACCUGCCGUACGAGCGCUGCUUCAGCACUGGGUGUCACCUGGACACGGCCCGCUUCCGCCUGUUCAUCGGCCAGCUGCUGGGGAUCGCGGCCCGCUCCGUCCACGGCUACGUGAUCGGGGAGCACGGCGGCAGCUCGGUGCCUCUGUGGUCGACGGUGAGCGUCGGGGGCGUGCGCCUGCAGGAGAUCCUGCCCGUCAUCGGCACUGAGAGCGACCCCAUGUACUGGUCGGCGGUCCACAAGGAUGUGGUGGAGGCGGCCUUCAGGGUGAUCGCCGUCAAGGGCUACACCAACUGGGCCAUCGGCCUCACCGUCGCCGACGUCGUCUCGGCGAUCUUCGAGGACAGCCAUCGGGUGCUGACGCUGUCCACCAACGUCCAGGGCUUCUGCGGUGUGAAGGACGAGGUGUUCAUGUCCGUGCCCUGCGUCGUCUCCGGCCACGGGAUCUCGGCGAUUUGCCGGCCGAAGCUGAGCGACUGGGAGAAGAAGCGGUUCUUGAAGUCCGCACAGACACUGCUGGAGGCCCAAUGCUCCAUCAAAGUGUAACCGUUUGUACUCCUCCUCCCCCCCCCCCCCCAUCCCUCACGCCCCUCACCGAGGAUCCAGUCGGCCCUGAGAUCUCAAUCACCGUGUGACUUCACUCUCAGUUUUUAUUAUUAUUUUAUUAAAAUUCCCCGCUACUUGCCGCACGUUCAUUAGGUGGUAAUACGAAAAUUGGCCUCAAAUGUGGCACCCGGGAUGUGCCACAAUCGCCUAAACUUGCAGGUACAGCGGUUUCUAGGAAGAUUCAGACGUUGGCCCAGCAUCGGCAAGGAGCCCGAACCCGCCGCCGCCACUGUCCGCCGGAUGAACAUGGAGCUGUGAUCCAGGAUGCCGUCGAUCAGCGAAUGCGAACUGGACCCGCCCAUGGCCUGUGACAUACCCAACAGCGAAAUAAACAAGCCGGACAGGCGCCACUGGUCCACCCCUGGCCUCUCCUCGUCCGUCUGGAGUGCGUUUGUGGGAGGGCCACCAGCCGAGGCACACGAGGAGACCCAGCCCAAGGCGAUCGGUGGCCGACUUCGCCGCUUCGCCAAGGAGCCGGAGGCCAGGAGCUGCCUGCGAAGGCGCAACGAGUUUCUCAACCUCAAGAUGAGGGGCCUGGACAACCUCCUCCCCCUCUGGUUGCAGGAGCCGCCCGCUUCUAAGGGAGGCGUCCGCACGAAGGAGAGGGGCGCCAAGCCGGUGCCCAAGUACAGUUUUCCGAAAUUCAUCUGCAACUCCGAGGAGACCAAGACGACAGAGCUGACACCGAAACCAUUGACCGAACAGAAGGACAAACCGCCAACAGCAGAAGCAGGUCCCAUCUUUCCUCCAGCUGCAUGUCUGUCCUCCAGCAAGAUUCAUCGCAGGGGUCCUUCUUGUAGCUUGUGCAUCCCGGUGGCUUUUUUUCCGCUUUCGGCUUGGGAGGGCCGCAGUUCUGGUCCGACUUCUGGCAGAAGGUCUUUCGAAGCUGCAGCAAGUACAAUCUGGGUUCCGGCAUCAAAUGCUUCCAUCGGGAUGGCUGCAACUGUGGCAACAGCAGCCGCACGGGCACGGCUCGGCCACAUAUCAUUGUAAAUUUUGUAUAAAUUUUGGAUAA